AAGUGACGUUCGACACGCAUUAGCUUUAGCUUCAUCAAAGGUCGUAGACCUGCCCUGCGUUUCUGUCCGCAAGAAAUACGUGCUCAGUUGUUUGGUUAGUCGUAAAUUUAGUUUGGGUGCUGUGUUAUUUGUUCGGAAGAUAUGAAAUUAUAGGAUGCGUCUGAUUUCAUACGUUAUUCUAUUCGAGGUGUUGAAGUGAGAAUACCAUACAUGAUCUAAUAUGGGCGCGUUGCAAUUUAAAAGGAAGUUGAAUCUAACUGCGCAAAGGGAGAAAUGCCUUGCCGCUGUGAAAAAGUGCGCUUCAGAUGAAUAACAAAUGCCGAGGACUGCGGGGUUGAGGACAGAGAGCAGCUUGGAAAGAUCCUCCGAGCAGCAGCGGGGGAGAGCAGCCCGCUGAGCAGUUGGAGAGAUGAAGUCCAGGAGAGCUGGACCUCCCGACGGGGGGUACGGCUGGGUGGUGGUGGCAUCGGCCUUCGUCGUCAUGGGCCUCACCGGAGCCGUCCUCAAAAACUUCGGCCACUUCUUCCUGGACAUCCAGAGUCACUUCGGGGUCAUGACCAGCACUACCUCCUGGGUUUCUUCCACAACUAUCGCCAUGUUUCACAUAGGAGCUCCAGCAGCCAGCGCUCUGACUUUGCGGUUUUCUCAGAGAGCGGUCAUCAUAGCUGGAGGUUUUCUGUGUGCUCUGGGGAUGUUGCUCGCAUCUUUGGACCUCAGUCUCCCCUGGCUCUACCUCACUAUGGGUGUCCUGGAAGGUACAGGCAUCUCAUUCUCGUGGAUCCCUGCCAUCAGCAUGGUGAAUCACUACUUUUCAAGGUGGCGCCCCAUCGCCUAUGCCAUUGCCAGCUCAGGGGAGUGCGUCUUUGCUGUUGUUUUCAGCCCUUUGUUCAAGUGGCUCAUUGAGAUGUACAGCUGGCGGGGCGCUUUGCUCAUCAUCGGAGGCCUUCAGUUCAACCUGUGUGUGUGCGGCGCGCUCAUGAGGCCUCUGGAGGCGACUCGGAGCGCUUCACAGACAAAUGGCAAAGAGGGCGCGGAAGAAGACGCUGCCGCGCUCCCGACGAAGAAGAAGGCAGUCUUCCAGUUCCGGCUGCUGAAGAAACCCGAACUCCUUCUCUACAUCCUGUUUGCAAUCUUUGCGGCCGCGGGGUUUUUCCUCCCAGCUCUCUUUCUGGUGCCGUUCGCCAACAGUUUGGGGAUAGACGAGUACUGGCCGGCCUUUAUCCUCUCGGCCAUGGCUGUGGCUGACCUGGCAGGCAGGUUGUCUUGUGGGUGGCUCGCCAACAUGAGGUUUCUGAGGAACCUGCAGCUGCUCACCGCCGUAACCACUCUGCUGGGGGUUGUGCUGCUCCUGCUGCCCGUCAGUCACAACUACUGGUCCGUGCUGGUCUUUGCGUCACUCUACGGUUUCCUGUUUGGCUGCAUGGUGGCCAUUCACGUCACCUCCAUCGUGGACAUUGUGAGCUUGGAGGGCUUUGACAGCGGACUUGGGCUCUUUAUGGUCUUCAGGAGCAUUGGCGGCUUUAUUGGUCCACCCGCUGCAGGCUGGUUGGUGGACCAGACGCACGACUACAGUGCUGCCUUCUACCUCUCAGGCUUCUGCCUCAUCACAUCAGCGGUGUUUGUCGUCCUGGUGGACCGCCUGGUCCAGAGGAGGAAAUCUGCGGAGGCAUCAGGCCGUCAGACGAUCAACUAACACGGGUGACGGGGAAAACGGGAAAAGUCAAAGGAAACGUGGUUACGCUAGACUUUAAACUACAGCUCAGUGUGAGAAGACUGGAUGCUAGCUGCUAUAUGAUCUGGCUUGGAUUGAGUAGUAGAAGGGCUUUAGGGUUACACCUUAAAUGAUCAAAUUAUCUUUUUGUUCCCUGAAAUUAGACCAAAGGAUUUAAAAAGAUAGUCUGUAUUUACAGUAGCGAUAAAAGCAUAUCUUGCGUUGCUUCGUAUGAUCUGCCACAACCUUCGUCUGCAAGACAAGUGAAAAUACAAGUGAAAUAUAUAUAUUUUUUUUUAAAUUAGUCUUACUUUACUUCAUUUAAUAUAAUUUGCACAUCGUCCAGCACUUUGUGAACCUUUGUUUAUUUAAAGUGUUUUAUAGAUAAAGGUAAGGUUGGAUAUCAUAGUCUGCUUUUGCAAAUUCCAAGAAAAUCCUAAAU